UUUUGCCUCUUUUUUUUUUUUAACCUGUUUUAGUGUCAGAGGACUUGCUUACAAGUUCACUAGAGCAAGAUGCUGGUGAUAAGGAUGAAAUGGCACUGUUGAAUGACAUUCUCAGCACUUCGUCUUUAGAAGAAGGGGACUUCAGCAAGGAAUGGAAAGCUGCAUUUGGAGAUGACCUGCUUAGUACUGUGUCCAUGUCUUCUAUUAGCGAACCCAGUCAAGAGUCGAGUUCUUCAGGAUUUCUUCCUUCCCAACUUUUGGACCAAAAUAUGAAUGAUUUGCAGUCAUCUUUUGACAGUUGGGCAGCCAGUGGUGUCAGCACUCCAUCUGUAUCCCAACCAGCACCACAGUCGAGUAGUCAGAACCAGAAUGCAAGCAAGAUGCCAGCCAGAGAUGUACAGAAGAAUACUAAAGAUCUGUCUGCCUGGUUCAAUCUCUUUGCGGACCUCGAUCCUUUGUCAAAUCCUGAUGCUGUCGGUAGAACAGAUAGAGACCAUGAACUGCUCAAUGCCUAAGCACAUAGCAAGUGAUGGUUUCUUCAGUGAUCACUCAAAUUUAUUUAUUGGGAUAAGACAGGGUAAAAUAAGUUUGUUAAAUAUUCACGCAUAUAUUAAAUUGUAAAAAAGACACCUCCAGUUUUACAUUGUAUGGUUAAGAUGUUACAGGGGGUCUUAAGUAAAACACCUGAUAACCCAUGCUUCUGGCUUUAUACAGGGAUUCUGUAAUCCAAAAAUAUAUGCUACAUUAAUUAUAGUAACAGCAGCUAUGCUUCACUAGUGAUGUAAGACUGGACAGUAGAACUUUAAUUGUGUGCUCUUUGUAAAGUAAAAGACUUAAUAUGAAUUCAGGAAAGCAGUAUAUCUGAGUGAGUGCACUAAUAUGAAAUUAGAGCUAACUUUGUAGGACCAUCUUAAUCUUCAGGAGUUACAAAAUUCUCUGAAGAAUGUUGAAAAUUAAUUAGAAAAAAAUCUUUAAGCACUUCUCUGACUAUUCCUGAAAAGUGCACCAUAGACUUCCUUUCACAGUGCUUUAUAAGGAAAGCUGUAUGCUGUUAAGAUGUGAGGUUCUAGCGUCUGUUAAAGUACAGUGAGUACAGGUAAACACAGUUGUUUCCUUUUGGGAGGGGGUCUGCAUAAACUUCAAGUGGUAGAAACUGAUGGGUAUUUCAUGUCCAUAUUUUAUUAAGCUGAUGCUUGAGUUUACAUUUGAUCAUUUUUUGUUCCUGCUUAGGACUGCUGGUAAUUCACUUUGCCUUUACACAUAUGCAUUUGGAUCAUUUAUUUUGUAAACUUCUUUCACUGUAGUCCCGGCAUUAUUUAAUGUAUUUGUUCUGAUGUACAUGUUACUUUUUUAGAUA